CCCCGAGAUUUGGAUCCGCGUCAUCCAAAAAUCUGCCGAGUCAUCCCCCGAGGCACCAGUGGACCACAGUGAACUCUGGAUGAACCACCGUUUUGUCUGCAGAACCUUCAAGACAGCCGUUGAAGAUGUGUUUCGAGACAAGUAUCUGCGGAAGACAUACAUUCGAUGGGAUCUUGGUAAUUUUGGCAUACUGACCUAUACUUGUUUCUCGAUGAACUGAUUCUUUGUAGGCCUUUAUCGACCUCCCAAUGGCAUGAAAACUUUCCUGGCUCUAGAGUACGGCUUCGAUAGUCUGAUUGAGAAUGGGGACAAGGCGGUAUUUGAAACAGAUCCUGGAGACGAGGAGUGCCGUGAUGAGGUCAAGAUGAGGCAGCGGGAGGCAAUGGAGGAUCAUUCGGUCUUCCUACCCAGACAUACGGUACAAAUCAAUCGCGAGCUCUUCGAUACACCCAUUCCCGGCCUCGAGGUCAACAGUAAGGAUUGGACGAUCACAUUUGAUUGGAAAGCAAUGUUUACACGUUUCUAUGGAGAAGAAAGACAUUAUCAUCGCUCGGUGGCCGAGUUCGCUGGUCGCCAAAAGGAAUAUGCGGAUGAGUUGAAGGCCAAGAUGCAAAGAGGGGAGAUGGAUAUGAUGCAGGUCAUGUCGAAGGCGUUUACGAUGAUUGCUGAUUGGAGUCACGGCUUGUACAAAGUUGCCCGUAGAACGAGAAUUUCAAGGACAAUCAAGGAGCAAGGUGAGGAGUGGUAUUGGGAUACUCUGGACGAAGACAUGAUUGAAGAAGAAAAGAGAGCCUUGGAGGAUUUGGCUAAGAGACGGCAAUUUGCUAGUAUGGAGGAUAGCGACGAUGAAGGUGAUGACGAAACAAGUGAUGAGGACAUCAAAGACGAUGAGGACGAUGAAGACGACGAAGACGCCGACGAAGAAGAAUCGGAGGAAGAUGAAUGGGAGGAUGAGGAAAUUCUUCAUGAUUGAUGUGGCGACGAGAACCUUUCGAUGCAGCUAGGUUAUGUAGUAAUACCGGGAUAUCCAAUAUCAGACCAGUCAAGCAGAUCUGUCCAGUGACAGAAGUUUCUCGUUUCGGACCAUGCCUACAGGCCAAGU